AUGUACAAGUUGGUGGUGUUCUUCGCUCUGCUUGCCUUUGUGGCCGCUCGUCCGGGUUAUCUGGAAGCUGAUCCUUGGAGCCACAGCUAUGCUGCUCCGGCCAUUAUCCAUGAACCCGCUUUGGCCAAGGUGGGUGCCAUCAUCAAGACCAUUCCCAGUGCUGUCUCCCACCAGAGCAUCAGCCAGGUGCAUAGCUCUGCCCACAUUAUCCAGCCCAUUGUUGCCCCAGUGCUGAAGACCUAUGCCGCUCCGAUUAUCAAGACUUAUGCGGCUCCGGCUCUGCACACGACCCUGCUGUCGCCCUCGUGGGCUGGACAUGGCUGGGCCCCGUCCUGGUAG